AUGGCACCGCUAAGAACACCGAAGAACAAGAAACAAACGCACAAUGCAUCCACGCCGGGAGACGAUGACAUGGGCCCAACAAGUCCGCUCGGGGAACCGCGACCUUCGCUGGUCUCACACACCUCCGAAACCUACGAGAAGGCACAAGAAGAUGAACGCGAAGUCUUGAAGGCUGUGUUCAUGGACGACUAUGAAGAAUCAGAAGCCAAAGGAGCAUGGAGCAAAACUACAGAUCGCGUGUUGCGCGUCAAAUUGACGUCUUUCUCUAACGAAAAGAUUUCCAUCACGCUUUGUGCGAAGCUUACCGCUACAUACCCCAAGACCCUGCCCGAACUUUCCCUGGAGGACUGUGGCAGCCUUAGGAAAAGCACGUGGGACAGGCUCUAUGGCCUGCUCAAGUCUCGACCUCGUGAACUGCUAGGCGAGGUGAUGAUCUACGAUAUUGCGACGGCCAUUCAAGAGAUACUAGAGGACGAGAUCGCUGUUCGCGAGACGGACGGGACCUACGAGAACCUGGAUGCCGAGCGUGCAGUACAAGAAGCCGCUGCUGUCGAGCAUCUAAAGCAACAGGAGGAAGAGCUACAGAAGAAGCGUGACGAAGAGAAGGCUGAGGAGGAGCGUCUUUUGCAGCAGAUGGUAGGUGACGAAAUGCGCCGAAAAGACAUGUUGGCAAAGCGCAAGAAGCACCGUGUAUCCGCCAAUACUCCGCCUUCGUACUUUCCCAGCGCCGAGGGCAACAACUACAUUUCAUUCGACAGGACGAUCGUUGUCCAGCACGAAGACAUGACCAUCCAAUGCAGUGGUGUUGAGAAUCCGCUUCCGUUACGCUCUGGCCCUUUGACCGAACAGCUAUUGGUAAAACCGGCCGGAAGCACAGCAACGCUUACAUUAGUACUAAAGCGUGCUCGGGUGGGAGGCGGAAACGCUGCUGCUGGCCCACAGCUCAAAAAGGCCGUUAUGGAAUUCGAAGACGAGAUGGAAGAGAUCAAGCGACUGCGACAAGGAGCCAUCAUGGCGGUGCUGGAGUUCAAAGUAGAGCAUCUACCCGAUUCAGGAUGGGAGAUUAGCAUCCUCAUGGACCACGCCGACAAAGGAUCUCUAGGCGAGCGGCUUGCCGACGAUGGACCCCUACCAGUCGCAAGAGUUCGUUCCUGGACCAUCGAGCUUCUAGAAGCACUGGACUUCUACCACCGCAACGGUAUAGUCCAUAAGCGCAUUCACCCUCACAACAUCCUGUUCAAGAGAUCGCCCGGUGGUGGAAUCACAGUACUGCUAGCCGACGCGAGCUUUCAAGGCUCUCUUUAUCAUCUGCGAAGCUUGUGCUGGGAUGAACAGCCGAUGAAAAUUGUAAGAUCUUUUUACUGGAUAGCGCCCGAGCUGUCUCAGGAUGCGCGUCACACCCGCAAGACGGAUGUAUGGGACCUCGGCGUCACGUUCCUUCAGAUGCUCUUCGGCCUCGAUGUGCCUGAAAAGUACAAUUCGCCCAAAGAACUGUCCGAUAUUCUUGGCUGCUCCGAACCGUUACAAGAAGUUCUGCGCAAGUUCUUCAAGCCCGACCCCAAGAAACGACCCUCAGCCUUUGACCUCAUCCCAUGUGAGUUCUUGCGCGACGAUGUAGACGUAUACGAGCGACCCUCCACACCCGUACGUUCGAGGAACUCUUCAACUUCAUUGGGUCGGUAUAGGCUGCGACGAGAGUCCUCCUCUGGUGUUGUUCCGUCAUACUCACGAUACGCGAAUGACUGGGCCGAACAAGGUCGCUUGGGCAAGGGCGGGUACGGCGAAGUCGUAAAGGCCCGCAACAAAGUGGACGGUCGUCUUUAUGCUAUCAAGAAGAUCAAGCAGAAGUCUGCUGCAGCGUUAAGCGAAGUCCUUUCGGAAGUCAUGCUACUUUCGCGGCUCAACCACAGCUGUGUGGUACGUUAUUACACCGCCUGGCCAGAGGCCGAAGCAGAUGAUUACUAUGACUCGGCAACAUCAGAUGGCGACGAGUCUGACUGGGAAUCGGACGUUUCUCCAGGCACGACUACGACUGAUGGUGGCGGUCACGGAAGAAGCACUGGAGGUUUAGACUUCAUUAGCUCCAGUGGAUAUCCCAAGAUCGAAUUUGGGUCUGACGCAGAAUCCGAAGAUGACGUCGGUGCAGUAAUCUUUGGCUCCGACUCAGAAGAUGAGGCAAGCAUAGGACCACUCUCGCCAGUCAAGAAACGCGCCAUGUCCGACUCAACACCCGCAAAGCCCUCGAGGUCAAUCUUGUACAUUCAAAUGGAGUUUUGCGAGAAGCAGACACUCCGAGAUUUGAUACGCACCGGACUUUAUGACGAUCCCGACGAGUACUGGAGAUUGUUCCGACAAAUUCUCGAAGGGCUCGCUCACAUCCAUGGCCACGGUAUUAUCCAUCGUGACCUCAAACCUGACAACGUCUUCAUCGACAUGGCCAAGGUGCCUAAGAUCGGUGAUUUUGGAUUAGCCACCAGCGGCCAAUAUCAGAGGCCUGAUACAAAGUCCUCCAAUGGUACACAGGAUGGUGGCGACAUGACGCGGAGUGUCGGUACUGCGCUUUAUGUUGCUCCUGAGCUCAGCUCAACCGUUAUUGGCGACUACAACAACAAGGUGGAUAUGUACUCCAUGGGCAUCAUCUUCUUCGAGAUGUGCUUUCCCUUGAGAACUGCCAUGGAGCGCGACAAAGUCAUCCGAUCGUUACGCGAGCGGAAACACGAUCUUCCGCAAGAGUUCGAGACGCCGGAAAAGUCGUUGCAGGGUACCAUCAUCAAGUCUCUCAUCAGCCAUCGCCCUUCAGAGAGGCCCGGAUGUACGGAGCUUUUGAGAAGCGGCAAGGUACCCGCUCAGAUGGAGGACGAGGCCGUCAAAGAAGCGCUCAAGGCCCUGUCCGAUCGAAAUUCGCCUCACUAUGCAAAGAUGAUGGCCGCUCUUUUCUCACAAAAGCCCGAUACGCAAGCAAAGGACCAUGCAUGGGAUCUGAGCGCGACCACUCAGAAGAUCAAGGCUAAUGAUGUGCUUCUGCAGAAUCUAGUGAGGGACAGAUUGGCCAUGGUCUUCCGGAGCCACGGCGCUGUUGAGAUACAACGUCAAGUUCUACUACCCUGGUCCGACCAUUAUGCGGACACGAAGGUCGUCAAGCUUUUUGAUCCUUCUGGAACCCUAGUCCAGCUACCUUACGAUCUGACAUUGCCGUACGCACGUAGCAUCGGUCGAGGUGGAGCGUUCCUAGAGAAGACUUUUACGAUCGGUCAUGUCUACCGUGACGACUACACCGGAAGUGCUCCACGUAGUAACGGCGAGGCAGACUUCGAUAUAUUGUCCUACGAUACGCUCGACCUCACUUUGAAGGAGGCAGAGGUUCUCAAGGUCGUCGAUGAAAUCAUCGAUGAGUUUCCUUCAUUCAGAUCAACGCAGAUGUGCUUCCACCUGAAUCACGCCGAUCUGUUAGAUAUGAUCAUGGAGUUCUGCAGAAUCAGUGUCCCAAAGCGCGCGGCAGUCAAGGCAGUCCUUAGUAAGCUGAACAUCGGAAAGAACAACUGGCAGUUGAUACGCAACGAACUACGGUCCUCCGACAUUGGCAUUCCAUCAACAUCGUUAGAUGAUUUGGCACGCUUCGAUUGGCGCGACACCCCAGAAAAGGCUUUUGCGAAGCUGCGGCGACUAUUUGAAGGCACCAAGUACCUUGAUCGGACUCACGUUGUCUUUGCACACCUAACCUCUGUUAUCAAUUACAUGAAGUUAUGGGGCGUGAAGCGCAAGAUCUACAUCAGUGUACUGAGCAGCUUCAAUGAGAAGUUCUAUUCCGGUGGCAUUCUCUUCCAAUGUCUGUUCGACACAAAGCAGAGGGAAGUGCUUGCUGCAGGUGGCCGGUACGAUAAGCUGAUCGAAGAAUACCGCCCGAGAGGCUCGAAUCAUGCACAUCCAGCGGCUGCUUACCACGCUGUUGGUGUAAACUUGGGGUGGGACAGACUCGUCAACUCCAUGAGCCGAUACAUCAAGAAGCCUGAGAAGUCAACGUUCUUGCGGAAGCACGCUGAAGAAGAUACGCCAUCCAUCUCUUGGAUGCCACGACGCUGCGACUGUCUAGUGGCUAGCUUCGAUCCGAACGUCCUCCGUUCCACUGGCAUCAAAAUGGUAGCAGACCUCAUCGCCCAUGGUUAUACCGCCGAACUCGCCGUCGAUGCGCACUCCAUCGAAGACAUUUUACGUCACUAUCGCGAAGACAGACAUAGCUGGGUUAUCGUCAUCAAACACGGCGUCGCCCCUGACAAGCCGGAGCUCAAGGUCAAAUCCAUCGCAAAGAAAGAAGACACAGAUUUGCGCAGUACCGAUCUUCUCAACUACCUCCGCAACGAGCUCCGAGACCGCGAAGAACGCGAAGGGAGCGCAGCCCGCCUCAUCAAGGCUCCGCCACCAACCUCAAGCAACACUUCCAACGCGUCAAAAGCGAAUGUCGACGUCCUCAUUGCUCAACAUCGAUCCAAGAAGAGCAACAAAUGGUCUAUCGUUGAGGCUGCACAAUCGCGAUCGACAGAUCUCCUUUCCGCGUUCCAAUCCGCACCCAUCGCUGCUAUCGAGUCAAAGGAAGAGGUCAUGAAUCUGCUCAAGGAGACGCGUCUCAGCGAUCCGGACUCGUGGCGUUACUUCAUACAAAAGAUGCCGCUUGCUGAGAGGAAGUAUCUGCAAGAGCUGCAUGACUUACUGCUGGGCUAUAGGGCGAAGUGGGUAGAGAACAAGGGUGAAGGUGGAUCAAAUGGAGAAGGGGCUGUGGGAAAGGCUUUCGUGUACAAUUUCAGGACUGGAGGGUGCUUGCUGUAUGAUUUGGAGAGUUGA